AUGGAUCAUGAAGAACCUGUUGUAGCCAUAGAUGUGUUGGUUGAAGUGUCGAUGAAUAGAGCAGAUGUCAAAAUUGGUGGCAGUGAACCAAAAUUUGUUGAAAUAAGCAAACACAUCCAGCUGACUUGCCGGUAUAAUGCUUCCCCACCGGUGUUGGAAGUACAAUGGUUAAAAGAUGGCAUUGUGAUAGCUCGAAAUUAUAGCGAGAUCAAUAAUGGACGAGUGAAUAUUACACAAUUCACUGAAAGUCAAUCGCAGCUGUUAAUUUCAUCAAGUACCAAGGAGGAUGAGGCAAAUUAUGGCUGCUUUGUGACAAACGCUGUUGGCAAUUCCUCAGAUAUAACGUCAGUAAUUAUUCAAGUUGGUCCCAACCCACCCCAGAAUAUCACUGUUGGUUCAAAGGGUUCACGAGUUGUAAAUAUCUUUUGGAAUUUUGGUUUUGAUGGAAAUAGUGACAUUAAGAACUACACGGUUGAAAUCAGUGAAGAUAGUCAGAUCUUUAAAGAUGUGGAUUGUCAAGGAUCACUCUCAAGCAGUGCCUGUGUGGUUUCCAGUCUCUCCAAGACUGCCUCUCUCACAGGUCUUCUUCCUUGGACAACAUAUAGUAUUAGAGUAUUUGCGACAAACAAAAUUGGCAAAAGCUACAGCAGCCAUAUUCUGAAUGUUACCACAGAUGAAGAAGGUAAACUGUUCACUCUCUACACUAUUUUUACUAUGUACGUGAAGAGCUAUGGAUAG